AAGUUGUCUAGGUGAUAGUGAGCAGGAGUAGUGAAGAUGGCCUCCCAAGUGUGUCAGAACUACCACAAGGAUUGUGAGGAUGCUGUUAAUAAGCAGAUCAACCUGGAGCUCUAUUCUUCCUAUUUUUACCUCUCCAUGUCCUCUUACUUUGACCGGGAUGAUGUUGCCCUGCGUCACUUUGCUGAGUUCUUCAAGGAGCAGUCCCAUGAGGAACAGGAACAUGCUGAGAAACUGAUGGAAUUCCAGAAUAAACGUGGAGGCCGCGUCCUCUUGCAGGAUGUCAAGAAGCCAGAGCAGGAUGAGUGGGGCAAUGGUCUGGAGGCAAUGCAGAGAGCUCUACAGAUGGAGAAGGAUGUGAACCAGAGUCUGCUGGAUCUGCACAAACUCUCCUCUGGCCACACUGACCCUCAUCUGUGUGACUUCCUGGAGAGACACUACUUGGAUGAGCAAGUGAAGAUGAUCAAGAAGCUGGGAGAUGACCUCACCAACCUGAAGAGACUGGGAGCCCCUGAGAAUGGCCUGGGAGAGUACCUGUUUGACAGGCUCACCCUGGGGGAGAGUGACUGAACUGACUGCAGGGAGUGAGCUGCUUGUGAUAUGUAUAAAAUGGGAGCCCUGUAGAGACUCUGUAGAAGCAACUCACUGUCCUGUACUAAGUGUGAAUAAACUGCUCCAUAUUGGACUAGG